AAACAAGGAGCGCAGUCUGAUUUUGUAACAACGCCCACACUGACACUGACUGAGAUUCACACUUCUUCUUGAGUUGUUACAGCUAUACACGAUCAAUUUCAAGCACUUUGCUGUGAAUUCUAGUGCGCUAAUUUCAAGCCCAGUACGAUUUCGAUCAUUUUUUCAUUUUUGUCGCUUUCGUUUCUUAAUCCUAAAGUUUAAAGAGAUAAGCUUAAGCCAGCAUGGUACAAUCAGACAAACUGUACAAAGAGUUCGUUGCCGCCCAGGACUUGCUCAUACGGCAAAACAAAACAUCGGAAAUUACCGACGCCGAGGUUGCUGCCGACGAGGGGCGUUUUUUCAAUGUGGAAGACUACAAACCCGUCCCAAAGGAGAUAGCCAAGCUACCUGUGUACCAGCUCCCUCAAAUUUUUCUCUACCACUGCGUAGUUUUUUUUGGAAUUGCUCGCCAAACGAGGCUUCGGCCCGGCGUGCACGAGGCUGUCGGCUCGCCAACCUACGGCUAGCCUCUCGAUGACUAUGGCCUUUCAGCAUGGCUUUCCUUCUUGGAGAAGUUUCCUUUCUCAUAAGUGCACGAACCACCCUCAGUUCGCUUUACAUCCAUCUGUAUGAGAUCAAACUCAGACUUUAACUCCACAACGGCCACUCAGGUUGGUGUACCGAAAGACAAGAGAGCAGGACGCUUGGGAGUGCGACGAGCAUGAAACUACUGGGAAAAGUAGAAAGCCCGAGGCCGUUCCAGUCACGCACGCAAUGGCCGGCUUGAAGACGGCACUCUUCGCAGCAGAACGGUUACAGAUUGCCGAUACUCUGUUGCACAAUAUCGGAAAUAUAGAAAUCGAAAACUUUCUUGCAAGCCAGACCGCAUUCUUUGAGGAGGUGAAGAACAUGGGGAGAACACCGCCACCGCAUGCAAUCUGCUUGAGUGCCCCGAAGGCAUCUGGCAAAACGCUGGCCAUUCUUCCCAUCGCCGCGGCGUUUUGUUGCACCACGUACAAUGAUGCCGAAGCCAAAGACGGAAGGCAGGCAUUGCGGCCACUGGGGGCAUACAAGAACUAUAUCUUGGGGCGUUACGGUGACAAGCGCAUUGCCCCCAGCGUCCUCAUGCUCGCGCCCACACGUGACGCGGUCGAACAGAACUACCUCGCCGCCAGAAUGUUCUUCGCGAAAACCGGAAUUCUAACGGCACGAGCGGUGGGUGGGCACGGGAGAGACGGGGCGGAAACGAAGACCCCGGAGCUUGCAAGUCUCGCAAGGGGCGCCGAUUUGCUCAUUGCAACAACAGGCCGAGCCUUCGGUCUCAUCGAAGCCGGUAAGAGCGCCCUGCGCGACCAUGCUUAGCACGCUAGAUUUUUUAGGACUAGCCCUCAGGGUUAGCGUUUAUUUUACUUUUCGAGUGUGUCGGUCGUUGUUUUUGCCAUUUGCCCAUCGUAUUUUGUGCGGUUGGAUUGAGGAAAAUCAUUGAUGCGCUUGAGCGUAGCAACAGUAAGUCGCGCUAUUGCAGCGCUCAGGAUAUUUAUGCCCAACCAAUUGCUCCAGGUGUGCUAAGUCUUCACAAACUCCAGUGUCUCGUCUGCGAUGACAUGAAGGGUCUCUUCGAGCAGACCGCCGGGCGGGAGUCGGAGCAGAAACAAGUGCGAGCCGCCCGGUGGCUCUACGAGAACGCCACAAAAAGCGCUCCGCGUGCGCCAGCGCUGUACUGCACUGGCAGCAAUCUCACGAGGAAGUUUGUCGACGAGUGCUGCAACGAGUUCGAGCUUUCGAAAACGGUGCUGGUUCACGCUGGCCCAAUCGCCGACCAGCCCGCUGUAAAUCAUCGCGUGAAGGACGCGAUCAAGCCAGCAACGUUUAUCCAGCCCGACGACAGCGCGCCACCUGACGAACUCUGGAAACGGUGCCAGGAGGCAAAAUUGGCAGCGCUAAGGAGAGAACUGCUCCAAUUUCUGUCCCCCAGGUAUGAUUUGGCGCGCGCUAUAUAUUUGGAGAGUGGGGCCAGGCAAGCAUUACUUAUACUUGCCCGUCCUGAUUGUGCUAUGCAUGCAUCUUCGUCCUCGUGCUAUUUUUCUCGGCAAUGCGGCAGUGGUUCACUUUAGAAGUUGUUCAUCUCUUAUCCGCCUGCCCGAUGCGCGAGUUGGAUUAUGUUUCUUCUAGGGCCUUAUGCCAAUGCUUAUCUUUUCCACGCUAAGUGCUCCGCUAUGUUUUUUUGAAAAGCCGGGAAGCUGACUGCUAAUUACCUAUCCGAUAUGAGCGAUGCACGUCACCACUUCAACUGUGACAGGUCUCUCGGUCGCAAGAGAAAGUGGGAAACAAGUUUCAUGAUCUUCACCCCCAAAGUGUGCACGUUUUCACCUUCUGCAUUUUCAAAGAAAAUUUCAAACCUCAACUUCAUAAACCCACAGGCUUCCCGUUCCGGCCGGAGGCGCCAGUGUUCUCGUUUGUGUGAACAAGAAGGACACCAUGGAGGCCGUUUUCGAUGAACUGAAGAAAUCCAAAGAGAUCAAGGACGCUUUCUUCUCGAUUGAAAAAUAUAGUGGCGGCGGCGACGGUGAAAGCACAGCAAAGCGCAGAAAAAAGGUGAACACCGUCAGGACAGAAGCCCGCACGCUCACAAUCGCUUCCAACGUCUGUGCCUAUGGGCUGCACUUGCCAAAACUGAGAGUCGUCAUUCAUUUUGACGUGCCACUGUCCAUCGAUGAUUACGACAACCGCUCGGGUCGCACGGGCCGAAAGUUUGAAGGUGAGGCUAUCACCCUGGUCCCGGUGUGCAUGUCCUCGGGACAGAUACGGGUGAACAAGCACCAGCUCUGCACGCUUGAGCAGUUGAUUACGCGCGUCGACAGUAGCGAUGCAGCUAUCCAUCCAGCAAUCCCUGAAGCUGUCAACCGGUGCCGCGCCGACUUCGAGAAGAGGGCUGCAAAAGAAGACUCUACUAGCAGGAGCCGAAGGAACGUCAACUCAGGGGAACGUCGAUACGAAGGCAGCUCAACCUCAAGUGCGGCGCCGCGCUCCUCCUGCUUACUCGGUGACAUUGACAACCCCACUUCCAAUAAGCGCGCAAGACCAGCGGGGUCCAGCAGCACGGCCAUGGAAAUCGAUACCCAAUGCAGCGUCGACGCUCCAGGGGCGAUCUCUGCAGAAGUCCCGCAGCACUUACCCACGCCGACCUCUUCAUCAUCGUCUUCUACUUCUCUGAUGCAGAAUACACACAUCUUACCAGAGAGCUCAUCGUCAGCGGCUCCUUCAAAUAGAUAUCAGCAGUCCGGAGGCGAUAAAGACGCUGCGUGGUCUGGAAGCGGGGGUAGUACGUGGAAAAACAGCGGCUCGUGGCCUUCAACGUGGCAAAGUGGUUGAGAAUGAUUCGCCACUCCUGAGUUGCGCGCACUGUAGUAUUGUUCAUUCGUCUAUGAUUUGUCCGUUUAUGUAUAAGUGUUUUCCGCAGUCCGUCGCCAAUUGCACACUGGAAUCUUUGAGCAAUAAAGUCGUCACGUUUACUCGCUUUAGCUUAAUACUCGGCUACUUUGAAACUUGAACAAAACGCGAGUCCCCUUCUUGCGCUCCGUCUCCCAUUCGUAUCAUAAUCAAUUUCCGUAGGUACUUGAGUGAAAAUCUUGAGCGUUGCUAAGCUUUAUCCAUCUCCAUUUGCAUCGGAAGUAGAAACGCCAAAGCGGUUGCUAUUUUCGAAGAUCGGCUGGCUUAUUCUCAUCGCACAGACAAAGCAUUCUUUGCUCCGGGUCCAAAGCCUGAACUGAAAACAUCACGCGCGCGCUCAUGUGAAUCUAUUUUCUUUCGCGGCACUCUACUGUCUAGUUUUAUUUCAUCUCUGCCGUGCGCAGCUGCAGCUUACCGGUAAUAGAUGAUGGCUGCAGCAUGAUUGUUUAGUCAAGAGGACCUUGUUGCUCGUCCCGGCGAAUCGAUAUGAGUUUCAAUGUGGUGCAGCUAUGUCUGCUGUUUUGAGGCAAUAAAAAAGGCUCCGCUGACGAUGAC